GAAAGAGAGCCUAGGCAGGCGUAAGAGUCAAAUCAGCAGCCAAAAACUUGAUGGUACAUAUAACCGAGAGUCAAAUCGUCAGCAGCUGUGUAUAUAGAAGGAGAUUUAAUGUACGCACUCUAGGGGUCUACGGUGCUACGGGGGGCAUCAAUAAAGCAGCUACUAGUGUAGGUUUUCUCUUUGGCUUGCUGGAUGAUGCUAUCUCGCUCUGCCCCUUGCAGAUCGCAAUGCCCCGAACGGCAACACGGUUAAGUACAGUAGAUGUCUGCAGUUUCCAGUUCGCAGCUACUAUGCCAGAAAGUCUUUUGACUUCUGUUACUAGCAAACGUUCGCAACACUCGUUCCAAGUCCAGCGUACUAAACAGGCCGUUUUUUGGUAGCCACCUUCUACAAUUCUCCGUCAUAACUUUUAAACUUUUCGGGUUACCCGAUUGACUCACGACACGAUUGGUGUGCGGGGCAUACACACACGUUCCGACGCGUUUGCCUCCUGUCUUGCCUGACUGACUGGUUGGUCGGCCUCUCGUGUGGUUAUUUCGGUGUGUAUUAUUGCGCGCUGCUGUGUUGUGUGUGGAGUUCGGUCUCAUCAUCUUCAUCUUUGUACGGCGACCCAACACCGAGGGAUCUUGCCUUCAAGUGCGGAAGAUCAAUUUAGUCAUAAUAGCGAUACGCACAGAAGCGCUCGGAAGUUAUAUUACAUCUGCGAUAUUAUUAACUCUCACACUUUUUUCGACUGUGCUGGAGUCUAGAGCAUCUCAUUCCUGCGGAGGAGCUCAGCGGGAUUUGUUUGAUCGCUUUUCGAUUUUAGUUGUAUUUUACUGCUGCUGCAACCUGCCAAGUUUGGCGCAUGUCCGCUGCUCUGUGAUCCGAAGAAGAUUUCCUGCAAGCGAAAAGUGAUUUCUAAAUGCAUAGUUACGAAAGCGGAAGCAACUUGUAUCUUUAAAGUGCCACGAAUAUACGAAAUUGUGAUACCAAGUGAGUAGAAGAAGUGUGAUUAUACUCAAAUAUUCGAUAAGGAAAAGUGCCAAAACAGGAAAUCCAAGUUUCUGCAUAUAACACUUCAGGAUCUUCAGCACCGUAUUCUUCAGUUCCACAGGAAUCGAAUUUGUGUCUGAACCAGUUCCCAUCCGGAUUGUGCAGGAUCCCCUAAGUGGUGACUAAUCCGAAGUAAGCAGACUAUAAAACAAAUCAACACUCAUUUUCACUCAAAAAAAAAAAAAUCUUGUAAACAAUCAACACAUCACACCCAGUACAUUUUUUUUUUGCUUUGAAAACCACCACAACUUUCCAUCACCACACCACCAACUCAAUUUAAAGAAACCCGUUAAAACAACAUCCACCAAAAACCAAAAUGUUCGCCGUGAUGCGAAUUGACAAUGACGACCGUAGGUCCGACUUCCGUCGCAAGAUGCGGCCAAAGUGCGAGUUCGUGUGCAAGUACUGCCAGCGCCGGUUCACCAAGCCAUACAACCUGAUGAUCCACGAGCGCACCCACAAGAGCCCGGAGGUGACGUACUCGUGCGAAGUGUGCGGCAAGUACUACAAACGGCAGGACAACAUCCGCUCACACAGAUGCAGUCAGUGUAUUUGGCGGUAAGCAACCAUGCCCACUAUCAAUCCAUACGUACGGCAUGAACGGUAACAACAACAACCGAGCAUACUGAGCGAGGUCUCAGGCUAUAUUGUCACUGUUUUACUAAUAUUAAUGCUAAUUACGAUUACGAUUAUUUAAAAUUCCUUAUCGAAUCCCGAGUAGUACUAUGAAGAACAGCAUCAUCGGUAGUACAGGGAAUGAUAGGAGCGGAUAGACAGAUACAUGAAAACAUUUAGAGUUGUGAGUGCACUUGUGAGCGAGGAUGAGAUAAAGUCAUUCGACGGAACGCGAAAAAAUGAUGGUUGUAUAUUUUUACAAAAAAAAAAGGAAAUGUGUUAAGCAGAAUGAAGAUUCUUUAAAGUUAAACUUUGAAGACCAACGAUCAAAAAAAAUGAGCAUGAAACUACUAUUUUUAACAUUCUCGUUUCAACAUUGUACAUAGCUUCGAGAAGAACAGAAAAUGCUUUAAACUUGUUUUUAUUGUCCUAUUUUUUCUAUAAUCAUUAUUUACACCGAACAAGUUAAAAAGUGAAAAAAAUCCAACAAAAAAUAUACGCAUUUUAUUUUUUAGCUACGAUACACUAUCACACUUUUAAUCAACUCUAGAAUGUACGACUAAUUUAUAUUCGAACUAUUAACAUUAUAUCAUCCUUUAUGUCGUAGUUGUAGGUUUUAUACAUAUAUUUAAAUGAAAGCGCAAAGUAUCCCAGUUAUAUUGUAAUUAUUAGCUAGUAGAAUAUCGAUUGUGACGAAUUUAUUUUAUAUGACCUUCUUCCUUUCCCUUGCGAUUCAACAGGCUGUCAAUACACUUUAUAACAAUAAAUCAAACUUGGCUCAACGAACCUCACGUUGAAGUGCUGGUUCAAACCUUGUGUAUUUUUUUUUGUUCGCACUCUCAUUGACUACAAUUCAUAAAUCCGGUAAACUUGUUGACAAAUUGCUCCCAAACUCCCAAACCAAUGAAAAGAUCAACUAAGUAGAAACUUUUUGAUCUUUUCGGCACAAACUCAAACAAAAAGUCACUUCAGCACAACCUCCAGAGGGAAUUGUCCACUCAUCACUAGAGAAAAGUAAAAUUCAAAAAUUCUCCAUCCCUUCCUUCUUUAGCUACCGGUUUUUGUGCAAUAUUUUCGAAUACAAAUCACACCCUGGAGGAGAGCGGGUAUUGAGCCACUUUUUCGCCCCGUUCCGACAUGAAGCCUCAGCAAACUUCUAGCCGUGCUUAGAAUAGAUUCUAGUCUUACCCGUGAAGAAAUCAACGAAUACUGCAUAGAAAAGCAAGAACAGAAAGAAGAAAAGCCGCCUGCUUUGGUUGAAGUAGAAAUCCGAGAAGAUGCAAGUGGAAUGACUUGACAUUUUGGCCUUCCAAACACUACCAUUGUCCCGUUUUCAAGCUCUAUUUGUUGUCCUAUUUUUCAUUAUUUGAAUAAUUUUAGGACUCGGGCGAUCCUUAAGAUUCAAAAGCAAAACGCAUAUUUAUUACUAUACUUUAUAGCUGCUAAUAAUCCUCUUGUAUCCUGUGAGAGCAUACAUUGAUUGAUCUGUGUAAAGUGAUGGAACAAAACGUACACACUACUGGAGAAAAUGAACUAGGUACUGUAUGUGCUAUCGAAUAAGCAUUCCAAUUUUAUUGCCUAUACAAAACAUGUUAAUAUUUUUUUUUAAAUCUUACGUGAAAAAGCGAAAGUGAAAUAAAUGCAAAUAUGAACGCUAUAA